AUGAAAGUUUUCAUAGCUGAUCCAAGUGAAGUACUACUCGCUGAACGCUGUGACGAAGGCGAAACUGAUUAUUUAGCGGGGGAACUAUCACACAUUGUCAAAGAUUUAUUAGGUCCGCAGUUCUGGAUUUCGUGGUGGAAUUAUUAUCCCUUCCUAGCAAAUACUUUGUAUUACGCUGCCACGUUCUUAUCAGCAGUGCAAACAAUCGGCGAGGAGUACAUUGCGCUUCUACCAUUAGUAUCAGUUCGACAACGUAAAGUACCGGCCUUCACACGUCGUUUAAUUUUUAUCCUGUCCUUUGCUGUGGCACCAUUCGUGAUUGAAAAAUUCCUUGAAAGAAUUGAAAAUAAUUUGAGAGAUUCACUGAUUGCCAACGAAACUCGUUUCUUCGGUUGGAAGCGAAGGAAUCUUCGCAAAACUCUGUUCAAUCUUGUUGUCUUGAUCAGGUUUACUGGUAUUCCAUUGCUGUAUCGUUUGAAUUUAGCAUUAUUUUAUUUAUUUGGAACAUAUUAUUAUAUUUCAAAGCGUCUAAUCGGUUUGCAGUACGUUUCAUUUCGGUCACAAUCAAAUUAUCAGGCUUUAUUUUAUUUUCGUUUUUUUGGAGCAAUAAACAUUGCACAAAUUGUUUCAAGUGCAGUAAUCUGGAUUAGAGACCAAUUCAGAAAACAGCGUAGUGAGAAAGCAGCUGUUGAAUUCAGACAGUUUUCUGAAUCCGAAAUAUCGGAAGAGGUGUACAACUUGCCUGUAGGCAGUUCAUUCCGUUGUUCACUUUGUUGGCAAUAUAAUAGGCAACCAUCCUGCAUUCCUUGUGGACAUCUAUUUUGUUGGAGUUGCAUUUCAAAGCACAUACAGUUUGCUGUAACUGACAGUGCUCUAGUGUUUUGUCCACAGUGUCGAGAAGAAUUUCAUCGAAGUCGACCUUUUUUCACGAAGGCGGUAAUUAUGAAUGCUUCUUCUGUAAUUGGGAGAGAGCUAUCAUACAGAAGUCCGGAAUGGUUCUUCGCAAAAGGAAUUUUUCGAUUUGCAUCAUCAGUUAAGUCAGAGUCAGAAAAUAAAUAUUUCCCAGUAGUAUACGUCUCUGGUAUUCAACCAACGGGCGUUCCACAUCUGGGUAAUUAUUUUGGCUUCAUCCAGCACUGGAUCAGUUUACAAAAUGAUGGCUGCUCGAAGCAGAUGUAUCUUUCUAUUGCUGACUACCACUCGAUUUCAAUGGGUUUCAUUAAUCCUUUGGAAAUGAAAAAUAACAUUUUUAAAAUGGCUGCGAGUCUAUUGGCAUGUGGAUUGGAUCCAGAGAAAACGACGUUGUUCCAGCAGAGCAGAGUGGCUGAUCAUGCUAACUUGAUGUAUAUACUGGGAAGCUUGCAGACGAUUUCUAGGCUUACUCGGAUGCCACAGUAUAAGGAUAAAGCUGCUGUUUUCAAAAAUGGUAACAUUCCUGUGAAUCUGCAGUUAUAUCCUAUUCUGCAAGCAGCUGACGUAUUAUUGUAUAAAGGAACUCAUGUACCAGUUGGUGAUGACCAGACGCAACACCUACUUCUGAUGAGAGAUUUAGCUUUCAAAUUCAAUGCCAUUCUUCACUGUGAUUUCUUUCCAGUCCCAGUUCAAAUAAGUGCUAGAUGUGCACGUUUAAAAAGCUUACAAAACUCAGCGAAGAAGAUGAGUAAGUCGAUGGGUAACGAUCGGUCGCGUAUUCUGAUAAGUGACAUAAAACAAAUAAUUGUCGAGAAAUGUGUAAAAGCCUUGAGCGAUUCGCAAUCCAAUAUUACUUAUGAGCCGGAAAAGCGUCCUGCAGUCAGUAAUUUGGUAACUCUUUACGCCUUAGCUACUGGUCUGAGCGUGGAAAACGUAAUCGAUGAAUGUGCCAGUUUGGAUACAAAAGGAUUCAAAUUAUGUUUGGCGGAAAAAAUUGAUGCCCAUAUUGCCCCAUUCCGAGAAAAAUAUGAAGGAUUACUCCAAGAACCGCAGUUAAUUCGAGAUAUUCUAACGCUUGGUACUCAGAGAGCUGAAAAAAAGGCUCAAGAAACGAUGGCAGAAUUGAGGGAAUUGCUAGGUUUUAACUUAUCCCACCAAGUUAUAAACAAAUAA